UUUAGAAUUACACUGUUCGCUGGGUGCACAUUCUCAGACAGCCUCCAAGUUUUUUUCAAAGUUCACAGCGGUCUUCUGUUUGUUUUCGAUGGAACAUUAUAUUCUCAAGUGUCUUCUUUGAAUCCUCAAAGAUAGGAUGGGUAAAUUUAUUCGCCAGAACAUGGUUCAAAAUACAUCGAAGUUUGUACUGACACGUCACCUUGGCUUGUUCGAGAAUUACAGUACCGUGAUUUAUAGAUAAAAUUUCUUAAAAGCUAUCUCAAGCGGUGGAAUUAUACGGGAUAACUGACUCACCAUGGCUUUGACACUGAUUCUAAGGAGAACGUUCAGAUGCCGAUCAUUUAAAAGAACAUUUAUAUUUGCGGUUGUCAUCUUGGUACAACUGUGGUUAGCAAUUCCUGCUCUUUUCGGACAACGUGGGGACAUAUGGCCACAGGAAUUCAAUGUUGUUUUUCCUCGGAAUUUCCAAGCCCCUUUUGUUCCUCUGGUUAUUUUUAGCUCCUACAGACCAAAGUAUUUGGAAAGGACGUUGGAGUCAAUUUCUUCCUCCGGUAGUAUUGUUCCCUCCACGCCAUGUUUGUUCAUUCUUCAUCAUACCAAGGCCUCAACAAUGGACGAUAUAAAUGAGACAUACAAGGUCCUUGGUAAAAUCACAUUUUGUAGAAAACUUGUGUGGACAUUUGGAAAUGAGGAGGAAGAACGUAGCCCAGAAGUCUUAAAGGCUCAUUGGUGGAAUACUAUGAAAAAAGUAUUUGAUGAACAUGAUGCCUUUCAGUUAAAGCACAAUGAAACAUUUAGUGGAGAUGUACUGUUCGUUGAAGAUGACUUAGUUGUUGCGGCAGAUUUUAUGGAGGUGAUGUGGUACUCUCUCCUCGUCAAAAACUCUGUCCCCAACAUCCACUUUAGCACACUCCAAGGAGUUGGAGAGGAGAAUUUAGUAGAUCAUCAACCAGAUGCCUUUGUUGUGAGUGAGGUACCACUUGUUCAAAGCAUUGGUUAUUCAUUUAACUCAUCUAUGUGGGAGUACAUCAAGACAUUUCAGGACGAUGCUUUAGGACAUGCUGAGGGAGACUGGCCCCUUUACCUAGGUUUAAUGCUACUGUACAAUAGAAAUUCAACUAUUUUCAGGAUUGUUUCACCUACCAUAAGUCGUAUCUGGCAUGUUGGGGAUAAUGAUCUUGGUUCCAGUGCUGAUCCUGGUGCAAGCAGUAAAUAUAAACCUGAUCAGUUUCCUCCCUGGAAACGUGCUCGAGAGCGGCGCUAUCUCAAUAGAAAUAAGGCAAACGUUUUACCAGGAGUCAGGGACAUGCAUGGACGACUGUGCCACCCAUGCGAAAUGGAGUCAAGGACAUACAAAUUUUCUCGGGGAAGCUAUAACUGCCGUUGUCUUUGUCCAACUAGUAAUUUACAGAAAUAUGUUAAUUGGCAAAUGGGGGCAUUUGUGUCAGAUGUCAAUCAAGGAAUGCAUUGUACACUGGUAUCACAUUUGAUGACAAUGGUCGUAUUUGUCUUUGUUGGUAUUUUGUUGUUUGUUUAUUUGAUGUCCUCACACUGAUCAUUCUUCCAAAGAGUUUCUAAGAAGAAUCUUGUACAGACUACCUAAACUUACAGAAGGACUGAAGCCUUCGGUCCACAUCAUUGUCUUUCACUCCUGAGAUCUCAUUUAGUAAUUCUCCUUACUGUCUGCUAUACUAUUCUUAUCAUAUUAGUUUGGAGAAUUUGGUAUUGGAUCU